AUGGAUUUUGCAGCUAUGUACGAGUCCAAUAUAAUCAAUAUUGUUCUCAUCUCUGUGUAUUCUCCAGGACCUGACAUUAUCGGAUAUAAAGACGGAGGAACAAGAGUAACCGCUAGGUAUUUACCUGCAGCGUCAGUAACAGACCCAGAGAAUGGUGUAGAUUGGAGUUCCGCCACAGUAUCUCCCUCUUAUGAGUGGGCAAUAGGGGCAAGAGCCGGAACACCAUCGGAUCCAGUGUUUUCCGGGUCGUCCACAGCGUCUGUAUCUGAUAUAGCUGCAGUGUCCACCCUGGUGUUACAAAUUACCUUUACGGAUGCCGAUGUGGGUGAUACUGUAGCGAUUACAAUGCCGACCGAUACAUACUUUGAUCUUGUCGACAACGGGGAUGAUACUGCUGAUAUUACGGUGAAGGCUUCACUGGUUGGAGAAUCCGGCACAAAGACAGUGACAGUUACCGGGACAGACGAUUGUGGUCACACCACCACACAAAAUAUUGUUAUUACUGUAACUAACACGCCUCCUCAAAUAACGAAUCUUGUAGCGUCUGUAACUACUUCUGAGGAUGUUCCAACAGAAAUUCUAAUUACAACAUACACGUGUUCCGACAAUAGUCUUGUUUCGUCAGCAUCAAUAACUGAAACUCCUGCUAACAGUCCACCUUUCUUUAUUACAAAGCUCACAGGCGGGGCAACUGACGAGUACGGAAUUUACGUUCGUUCUCAGGCAAAUACAGCUAAUGGGGUAUUUAAUUACAAUACUCAGAUGUCGUAUGUUGUGACCGUCACGUGUGAUGAUAACAUAGAAACCGUUACAGAUACUAUAACCGUUUAUCCCUCACACAGAAUUCGCCACCAGUUAUCAACAACCUUCCAUGUAAAUUUUGUUUUAUUGAAAUACACGACUGGUACCACGGUGAACGUGUCGGUAAAUGCAGUGAAUGGUAGCGUGAUAUUUACAGCCGAUUUAACCGACGCCGACGGCGAUACUAUCAAUGCAAGCAUCACGACAUUUCCCACUCCAUCUCCUUUUCAGAUACUUGAUUCGGGACAGAUAUUGGUUAUCGGAUCAUUAGCAGAUUACGUGCACACUGGAUAUGAUAUAUUUGUACAUGUUCAGGACGCCAAAAACGCUGGAGUAAGCAGAACUCUCUCUGUCGUCGUUGUAGAUAUAAAUACACCACCGGAGUUUACUAACAUGGACAAUACAAUAACUGUUGAUGAAGGCACCGCGUCAGGUGUUAGUUUAUUUACUGUGAUGACGACUGACAUAGAUGCUGAUUCUCUUACACUAUCUUGGGCUGAACUAACAUCAGGGACAGCAUACUUUGACCUUAAUUCAACAACUGGUAUUGUAACAACGUCAACUUUAAUUGAUUACGAGGCCAUCAUCGCUGAUGGGAGCAGUAGCUUACCAUUCAUAUUUGAAGUUGUUUUAAGCGACGGACAGGCCUCUGCUACAUCAACACUAACUGUAUCUAUAAACAACCUCAAUGAGCAACUGAAUUUUUCCUCUUCAGUUUACCGCGCCGAUGUUGUAGAAUGGACGGCUGUUGGUACGACACUGGUUGAUCCUGGAUUUUCCAUUAUAGACGCUGAUACCACUGAUACAUACGUAUAUACCAUGGAUUGUGGAACCACGUAUAAUGGAUAUUUUCAAAUGGGUACUGACAAUACUAUUACAGUGACGUCAUUGUACAAACUAGACAACGGUCUGCCGAUCACAGUUACUUGUUCCGUAACGGCAGUCGAUUCUGGCGGGAACUCAGAUACAACUUCUCUUAUUAUCACUAUCAGUUACGACAACAACUUCACACCUACUUUCUCAAAUACAAACUAUGUCUUUGCUGUUGACCCAGCCGCCGUGGCGGAUACAUCAAUUGGAACAGUUGCAGCCACUGACGACGACCUAGUAUCAUACGCGACUUUUUCAUAUUCCCUCGAUCAAACAGCUUUAAAUGCUACAUAUUUUAAGAUUGAUGGCAGUUCUGGUGAGAUUAGUACACUGGUGUCUAUGAGCACCUGCGCAUGCUCGGGCAGUACAUUCUCAUUUCCGGUGCUAGCAACCGAUACUGGCGGCCUGGUUGGGACAUCUACAGUCCAUAUUACAGUCACGCAAACGACUACGACAGCACCAUUCACUGACAGGUACAAAACGUUCUUUGAUGACACAAGAAACCUUGUUUGGUUCAGUAUACUUAUGAUACUGUUGGCUGUCACUCUUAUUGUGACGUUGUUUGUCUGCAUGAAGUACAUUUGUAUGAGCCCCACAAACUGCAAGAUGCCUUGUACAGGAGGCAGUAGACGCUAUAAUGGAAGACCUAGGUACGAGCGAGGAUAUUCACCACCAAGACAGGAAGUACGCCAGCGACCAAGGAAGGCAGAACUUGUCAGCGUUCGACGUCCUCCUGGUGACAAACAUCACUGGCAAUACGACCAGGCAAGGUUUUAACUCAUCACUGACAGAAAGUUUGAAAAGAUGUUUCAAUGACGAACAAUUCUUUAGCGAUUUUAGCUUAUACAUUAUAUAAGAUUUUAUUGUAACAAUUUUCUUGAAAGCGUAAAGAGAUGUUCUGGAGAGAUGUCAUAUUCUUUAAAAUGUGAUCAAAAAUGAUAGACAAGAUCUUUUAAGAAAGGCACGUUAAAUUGCACAGGAAUUAAGCGAAUAAUGAUAUUUGAGUAAGAAAUAAUUAGUGUGUAAAGUCUUUUUUUAUCAUUUUUUUUUUGCUGAAACAUCAUCAAAUAAUCGCAUUUUAGCACAGCUUAUUUGUUGUUAGCACAAAUGUCCUGUUAUUCGUAGUUAUAGAUAUCAGAUGUCCAAAGUUUAGCAAUCUCAUUGUCAUGUAUUUUAUUUAAAUAACAGGGGAAAUUGUGACCGAGAUGUUUUACUCUUGAUACCGGGAUUAUAUCACUUCAACAUGACAUUCAACCAAACAUGUUAUUCUAAAUAGAUUAUCUGAUGCGCCAUCUUGCCUUUCAACGUGCAUUAUAAUCAGCUGGAAUGCAUUUUAAUUAAACACAUUUUUAAUGAUAAGAUAAUAUUAAAUUGUUAAGUUGUGCACAUACACGUUAAAGUGGAUUGGUCUUUAGUGGACACAUUUUCUAUAGGUAUUUUAAAUAUUGAUAAAAUCAAUAAAAAUGUAUCAUUUGGAUAUUCAUAUAAAAACUAUAUAUGAUGAAUAAUAAUACUUUGUUCGUGAACAAUUUAUUUCUGCUAUACAUAGAUAUGAAAAAUUGUAUCUAAAAACAACAUCUGUAUAAUAUCAUUUCAUGUUUUGCUGUCACCUAUAAUACGUAAGUUGAUCAAGACAAUUAUUUGUGGUAUUACAGACCUUCCUAGACCAAUUCACUUUAA